CCAAAGUUCAUCACGGUUAAGAUGGCGUCGUUGUGGAAGGCUGCAGUGCCGGUAGGCUUAAAUUCGCCUGCCAGAUUUAAUGCUGGAACUGUAAGAUGCUUAAGCACAUCUUUCCAACUUCAGCAAAAGGCAAAACCAGCUGGGGGAACAGGGAAAAGAGAUUUAAGCCGUGGUCUACGGAAUGUGGUGUUGGUGGAUGGAGUAAGGACCCCUUUCCUUAAGUCUGGCACAGACUACAAAAAUAUGAUGCCUCAUGAUUUGCAGAGAAAAGCUAUACAGUCUCUCCUAGAACAUACACAAAUACCCAAAGAGGAAAUAAAUAAUGUGAUUGUUGGAACUGUGAUUCAGGAAGUGAAGACAAGCAAUAUUGCCAGGGAGGCUGCCCUUGGCGCUGGGAUCCCACAAAGUGCCCCUGCUCACACUGUGACGCAGGCUUGUAUCUCUUCAAACCAAGCCAUCACAUCUGCUUGGAACUACAUAACUACUGGACACUCAGAUUGUGUGGUUGCUGGAGGAGUGGACUUCAUGUCUGAUGCCCCCAUCCGUUUCAGCCGUAAAGGCAGGGAAAUUUUGAUCCAGAUGAGCAGGGCCAAGUCUAAGGGUGAACUGAUAGGUCUAGCUUUGCAAAUGAUGAGUCUAAAAGCACUUACACCAGAUGCUCCAUCUGUAGCAGAAUUCUCUACCAAUGAAGUGAUGGGUCACUCAGCUGACAGACUUGCUGGUGCAUUUGGUGUAAGCAGGAGAGAACAGGACGAAUAUGCUGUAAGAUCUCAUAGCAUGGCAGCCAAAGCUAUCAAGGAGGGAUUGUUGACGGAUGUGAUGCCUACCUCUGUGCCAGGGAAGGCUGAUGCAGUGGUUGUGGAUAAUGGAGUGAGGCCCUCUAGUGUGGAAGACUUCAGCAAGCUUAAGCCAGCAUUCAUUAAACCCCAUGGCACCAUCACUGCAGCCAAUGCUUCUUUUCUGACCGAUGGUGCAUCAGCUUGCCUGAUUAUGUCUGAAGAAAAAGCUCUAGCUUUGGGGUACAAACCUAAGGCAUACCUCAGGGACUGGGUCUAUGUAGCACAAGACCCCAAAGAUCAGCUCUUACUUGGUCCAGCGUAUGCAACACCCAAAGUUCUUGGAAGGAAUGGUCUCACAAUUCAAGAUAUUGACUGUUUUGAGUUCCAUGAAGCUUUUGCAGGUCAGAUUUUGGCUAACUUGAGGGCUAUGGAUAGUGAUCUCUUCUGUCAGAAAUGGAUGGGCAGGCAAUCAAAAGUUGGGGCUCUCCCACUUGAUAAGUUUAACCUUUGGGGAGGAUCGCUGUCUCUGGGUCAUCCAUUUGGUGCCACAGGGGUGCGAUUGGUCACUACUGCAGCUAACAGACUGGCCAAAGAAGGAGGACAACUGGCUUUAGUGGCUGCUUGUGCAGCUGGUGGACAGGGCCAUGGAAUGAUAGUAGAAGCAUAUCCAAAAUAAAGAAAAUGGUCAAAAUGCACAGAGCAAUCCAAGGGCCAUUGCAAACAUUGCUAUUAAAAAAUGAAAGUGAAUUAAGCACAUUCAUAACAGUAUUGAUGACUUUUGUAUACUAUUUAGACAAAUUAGAUAUUCGAUAGUGCCCAUUGCUGUACCUAUGAAAAUCACAAGGAGACUAGUUUACAUAUAGAUAAUAAUAAGCCACUGCAUGUUCCUUUGACUAAUAACACAGAUAAGCAAAGUCCUCUCCCUUAAUUUUGAUAUUCCUUAACCUGUGGACCAAACCAUCUAAAAAAGUGAACUUCAAACCAAUUGGCUGUUUUUUGAUCCAUGUAUAUAUAAUAUAGUAAAUGGAUCAUUGAAGUGAACAUUUGUAAAUAAACUUUAAAAAUAUAA